AUGGCUCCACCCCAGCGUCCCAUGGUGCCGCGGCAGGACACCGGGGUGAUGACCCCUCGGCCAGCCCUGGGCAUGCAGAACGUCUCCGUCGACCGCGUCCUCCGCCAUUCCAGCGAGAUCCCUUCCGGCCAGCCUCGGAUACAUCCCGCGCAGGGCUCCUCCCCCCAACCCCAGCCCGGUGCCAUGGCGUCCGUUCGAGCUGCAGCCCGCGCGGCAGCCCGUAGGGCGGGCGUGCCCACGAACGCAAUCAUCACACCGCCAAUCGCUGGCGCCGUGCCAGGCUCGCGGAUAGCCGUCCCGCAGAACGUCCCGCAGCGGACCACCAAGGUCAGCGAGAAGCUGGUCCUCAUCCCGGACGCCCCUGAUGACGAUUCACCUGAGGACGACGAUAUCGAAGAGGCCAUGGCGAGGGAGGAAGAGACGGCCAGGAGACAGGCAUUUAUCCAGCAGGAGGAGGACCGGCCGCUCCGGGACGAGGAGCUGGACGUUCUCAGGAAGCGGGGUGGGAUCCGCGGCAAGAGUUAUGCGGAACGGCUGCCAAAACGACAACGCGCUGAAAAGCUGUCCCGGCUGACGGCGUAUUGCACGGCGCAGGGCUUCAAGAUGAAGUCAACGGCUGAGUUCCUGCGGACGAAGCACGAGGCGAAGACAAAGCUUUAUGACGACUGCCUGUACGUGGUCUAUCAUCUGCCACUAAUGAACGGUACGGAGGGAUACCGCGUGCGCAGCAGGCCGAUAUUGAAGACACCGGGAACUGGAAAGACGGUGCUGGAUCUUGAAAUCGAGAGGAGUGAGAGGAGAGACGAGCACUACGGCUGGGCCAAUGAUGAGUUCACCGGAAGUCCUGGGGGAAUCUCGUCGAGUCCGACGGAUCUGCACCCGAUUACGAGCAACGGGUCGGACGAACGAGGGCGGGACAUGGGACGGGAUGGCGACGACGACCGCGCGUCCCUCAGCCCUAUCAAUCGACUAGCCCCUGACGCCAAGAACUUUGCUGAGAUGUUUGUAUUCUCGUACGGCGUUGUGGUUUUCUGGAACUUUUCAGAGCACCAGGAGAAGGACAUCCUGGGCGACCUCACAUUCGCCGAGAGCGAGAAGGGCAUCUCGCUCGCCACAAGGCCGUUCGAGCCCGGCGACUUCGAAACUGAAGAGUUCCACUUUGAAUACUCGGCCGACAUCAAACAUCCUCGCAUCUUCAACGACAUGAUCACGUUGCUUCCACGAUCGGACCACAUGGUGAAGUUGACUAUCAGUCACGCCGUGGCGCAGAGCACGAAGCUGUGCAGCUUUGAGGAGAGGAUGUCCGAGACAAUGAAGCACGCCGAACACGUGCCUAAACGCCUUGCGAUGACGGGCGAGCUGAGUAUGGGCAGAACCGAGAUCGUCAAAUUGCUAGGGAGGUUGUUCAAGAGCCGGGUCGACAUUAACUUGUCAUCAAACAUCCUCCCAGUGCCCAACUUCUUCUGGGAGUCUGAGCCAACACUGCAUCCCCUCUACAUGGCCAUCCGGGACUACCUCGAGAUCGACCCGCGCAUCACCGUUCUCAACGAGCGGUGCCGCGUGUUCCUCGACCUGGCCGAGAUCCUGUCUGACACCGUGGCCGACGCCAAGAUGAGCGCCAUCACGUGGAUCAUCAUCGUGCUGAUUGUCAUCUCCAUCUGCGUCACGGUGAGCGAGGUCGGGCUGCGUUUCGGGAUCCUGCAGAAGAACAACGGCAAGAGCGAUGGCGGCAACGAUACUGAGCGCAGCAGCAUCAGCAGCAACAGGGAUGUUGAGCGCACGGUGGCUGAUGUCUACCGGCCGGGUAGCAUCGAGUGGAAGCUCGCCAAGGCCAAUAUCACUAUCGACGAGUUUAAGGGCUGGAUCACCAAUAACGAGCAGGAGAGGGGUGCGAUGUGCGGGAGCGAGAUCGUCGGGCAGACGUUUGCGGGUGUGUAG